AUGGAGGGUACUUCUACGAACCACAAUGGCCGCACGAGUGAGAAGGGUGUCCUCCGAUCAGACGAGCAGGGACAAAAGAAGGGGAGUCCUGACGCACCGAGCGCGGGGGAUGGCGGGGAAGACGAAAUUCCAAUUGAAAACCCUUCGACGGACAUACGAGGUGAUCUAGCGCAAGCACUGGACCAAGAUCUUUCCAAUUGCUUCAAAGGCGACUUUGCGUUCUGCCGCACAUACCAAGACGCGCCCAAUCCAGGCCUCUUCCUCCCCAACGAUGUCGGCGUCAUCGGUCUCCCCCUGAAUCCGCGAGAGGCGCCUGCCAUUGUAGCCAGCUGCCAGCGACAGCCUGCGCUGACAAUUCAACGCGAGACCGGUGUGGAAUGGCUGCAGCAGCCAUGGGAGCUUCCUGGAUCGGAGAUUGGUCUAAUAUAUCCGGCGUGGGGACAAUUCACGCAGCGUGUCUUGCACGACGUGUGCACUGCGCUCGGGAUCGAUACCGCUGUAACCAAGCCUCGUUGCAAGCUUCGAGAGCUGCUGCUUUGCGAGCCUGGUUCUGUCUUACUUCCAACGCGCCCGACAGAUACCCCCGACGGUCUCUUCGCCACCAUCACCAUCCUUCUGCCCUCGCCCUUCACAGGCGGCGCCCUCGACCUUACGCACGGGCUGCUCUCCAAGGCGUACGACCUUGCCGCCAGCAGCUGGCACACCACCGCCGUCGCAUGGUACGCGGAAGUCCAACCCUCGCUCACGCCGGUCGCCUCCGGCUACGCCUUCGCGCUGUCCUACAACGUCUUCCACGGCGCAGACGCGCCGCGCCCCGUCCUGCCCGAUAAUCAGACGAGCAUCGAGAGCCUGCGGCGCAUCCUACUAUCGUGGAAGCAGGCGAACAGCCCGGCGGUUCCGAGGAAGCUGGUCUACCUGCUCGACGAGACAUACCCUAGCGACGGUUUGGGGGGCGGCGUGCUGCGGGGCCUCAAUAAGCAGAAGGUCUUCGCCUUGCGAGCGCUGGCGACGCAGCAUGGGUUUUGUCUCGGGCUCGCCAACGCAGACGUCUGGCUGGUGGGUGAGGCCGAUGACGAGGGUCCUCCUCGCCGCAAGCGGUCCCCUUCCCCGCUCCGUCCAUGGCGGGUGUAUGCGCCAGAGGAAGAGUAUUACACGGACCAGGACAGCGACGACGGCGGCGGCCGACCUGUCGACUUUGUGAGGGUGGACGAAGUCGAGAUGGAGGUCAGGAAGCUCGUCGACCUGGACGGAAACUUACUCAAGGACGAGGUCGCGCUCGGAAAGGGAGAGCUCGAGAAGUGCACUAUCCCCACUGACCUUGAGGAUGCGGUGCAAUCUGGUGAUCACGAAGACGAAGAGUACAGCGGCUUCCACCAUCAAGCACCAGGAACCCUGACACGUCGCUAUGAGCGAACCGUCUUGGUCAUCUGGCCGCAGGAGUUCGACCUCGACAAGACCUUCGAAAAGGAUAUCGAGGAAGCGAUCAGCACGCUCGACGGCACGACCUCCGCGCGGCCGUCCCAGCGAGAGCGCAAGCUCGUCGACUUCCUUUUCAACGCGAUCAAAGCCCGCUACGCAGGCUGGACUCAGCAGAUAGCGCGAACAAUCUUCAGCCUCGCGUGCAGGUGGACUGACCAGGCGCUGUGGAUGCGCGUUGUCAAAUCUGCAACACGUGUUGCGGUCCUUGGACAGCAACGCGGCGCGGUUGAGGCGUGCGCAGACGAGACCAUUCGGAGCGACGCUACUUUGCCGCUCUGGCUGGCCGAGCAACGGACGUGGGCGCUCGGCCAUCUGACGACGGUGUCGAAAGAGGACAUACCAGCGUUGGUCAGCAUCGUCAAGGGCGCCAAUGGUGUCACACUCCUGCGCGAAUCUCUGGCGCCACAGCUGAAGGCAUACGCCGAAGCGGAAGCUCUGCUGUCAUUCGUGCUGUGCUUUCCCCGAGAGGAGAUCGAGAAGUUCAGAGCGGAGGAAAGACCGGCGCUCGUCUCCACGGUCGCCGAUUUGUUGGGGUUCGCCGUGUCGAAAGCCGACUUCUACGCACCUGCGAAGAGCGAGGGAGCGUCGAACGCUCGCGAACCCGCUCCAGAUACAGCUAUUGCUUACAUCGACGCUUGUCUGCAGACGGGGAACGAGGCUCUGGUGGCCGACGUCGUCUCCCGCCUGACCGAUCUUUCUGGGCUAUCGUCCGCCGACAAGCACCUGCGCACGACCAAGGUCCUGCUACCGCUUCUGUCGUUGGUGGGAGAGAAGGUCGGCGCGCGACCUGCCGGCGCUCCCGUCGUCCCGGGCAUCAGCGAGCUCUGCGAUUGCACCGUCAAGCUUUUCCUGUCUGACUUGUCGGCUGAGAACCUGCCGAGCAAGGCAGAUGUACGAGCGCUGGUUCAGGCUAGCGUGGUCCAUGGUGGGACGGACCUUCUUGUCUAUACAAUAUGGCCUGCUCUAAGCGCCCUUCCAUACCGCGAGGAGACCAUCGUCGAGUUCAUUCAGGCGGUUCAUGACAACAAAGCGAAGAUCCCCGUCGCCGACGGCGCGCCGACCGCAGACACCCUCCAAGCCCAAGCACUGCAACUCGUCAUCGACAACACCCCAUUCACCGCCUACACCCAAGUCAUCAAACCCUCCAGCUCCAAGCAGACCGCCCCGAACCCGGCACAGGACAAUCAGAACCGGGCCAUCGCGCUAUUGAAGCUCUGCUUAUCGACCAGCCAAAAAGCGCUUUGCACCUCCGUCUUCGCGCGCCUCUUCGACGAGGCGCUGGUCACGCCCGAAUACGUGCAGAAUGUCCUGGUCCCCUUCAUCCCCCAGCUCCGGCAAUUCCUCAUCAACAACAAGAAGCCGCCCUUCACGGAGCCCUUCGGCGCGGUGUUCGCGGAGAUCGUAUGCCUGUGGGCGAAGCACGUCCUAGGCCCGAAGCCUGCUGAGACUGCGACGCUCGCGCUGCCGGGCCCGAGGAAGCACUCAUGCCACUGCCAGUUCUGCGAAGACCUGUUCAAGUUUUUGGAGAAGAGCGAGGGGAAGGCGCAUCGGUUUGAGAGGAUCGGGGCGCCGAAGAGGAAGCAUCUGGAGAGUGAGCUGGGAAAGUUUGCGCGUGGCAUCGCGCAGUGGUCGGUGAUCAACUCGAGUCCGCAGGGCUUGUUGGUCACGAAGGCGGACGCGGCGUAUGAGCCGCUGAGGUGGAGAGCUGUCCGUGCGAAGGGGGAGGCCAUCCUGCAGUCGGUGUCGCAGAACCGGGUGGAGCUGCAACGGAUCUUCGGCGCGAGGUAUCAGAGCAUCAUGGAUAUGUUCUACGGCGGGGAGGAGAGAGCUGAGCAGCCGCCACAAGCGUCAUCGAGCUCGCAACCCUCGAGCUCGCGGCCUCCAAACUCGCAGCCUGCAAGGCCACAGCCCGCGUGGUCUCAACCCGCAAGGACGCAGCCUGCGUGGUCGCAACCAGCUAGGCCGCAAGUCGCGUCUACUCAACCGCCUAGGCAGCAACCGGCGUGGUCACAGACUUCGAGCUCCCAGCCCUCGGGAUCCCAGCCGUCGUACUCCCAGCCGUCAACCUCUCGGCCACCAACCUCCCAACCAGAAAACUCCCAGCCAUCGGCCUUCCAUCCAUUCACCUCACAGCAAUCCACGUCUCAGCAAUCCACUUCACAGCAAUCCCAACCACCAACCUCCCAGCCCCCGACCUCCCAACCAUCGGGAUCGCAACUACCGAGCUCACAGCCAGCGCACUCGCAGCCAGCGCACUCGCAGCCAGCGCACUCGCAGCUCCCGAGCUCACAGCCAUCGCAACCUGCACCGUCUGCGCAGGACGAUGACAUAGAAAUAAUCAGCACUCCGCCACGACGCCCAUUUGGAAGCGCUACUCAGCCCAACGUGACGCCUACAGCAUCCGCUCCUACACCUCCGCUCGCUUCACAAAGCACCCGCAAGCGCAAAGCAGCGCAGAUAACUGGGGAUGUCAUCGACUUGACGCGUGACCGCGUGCAUCACGACCACGUCGCGAUCGGGCCCGUCGCGACUUAUACUGGACGCCCAUCAUUUACGCACGUCCUCAACCGCGAUAGUUUACUCAACUCCCCGAUAAUCUCUGCGUAUCUUAUAGCUGUGAUGUCAAGCCCACAGGUCUUGCUCAACCCCCCUGAGGAUUCGCACAACGAUGUCGCUGCAAGCGACGACGUCGAAGAAGAUGAAGAGAUACCAGUAGCAAACCCUUCUACAGAUAUACUAUAUGAUCUAUCCAAUGCUCUCAACGAGAACCUUUCCGAAUGCUUCAAGGGUGCAUUCUCAUUCUGUCGGACAUACAAAGACGCCCCCAACCCAGGCCUCUUGCUCGGCAAUGACAUCGGUGUCGUGGGCCUUCCGCUCAGCUCCCGCGAUGCCGCUGCCAUCAAAGCCGGCUGCCAAAGAGAUCUGCCAAAAUAUGUGCAGAACGUCGACGAAUCAUGUCUUUCUUGGACGUUAACUGGUGGCGCGAAGCUUAGCAAAGAACGCUCAGAAGCGACAUUCGCUACCCUGACCAUCCUCCUCCCAUCUCACUUCACCGGCGGCUCCAUCCGCUUUACGCAUGGCUACCUCUCCGAAACGCACAAGCCCCACCACUCCAGCUGGCACACGACCGCGCUAGCCACCUACACCACCGACCAAACCUCCACAACGGCCACCGCCACCGCCACCGUCCAUCCCUCCGCCAAACCCAUCACCUCUGGCCACGCCCUCGCCCUCCACUACGACCUUGUGCACACCGCGGACACACCCUGCCCCGUCCUCCCGGACAACCGCGGGCCCAUCGAGCGCAUCCGGCACGUGCUGCGGUCGUGGAAGCAGGCGCUGACCUCGCCCUCCGUGCCGCGGAAGGUCGUGCAUUUGUUGGAUGGGAGUUAUCCGGCGCAGAAGUUGAGCGCGAGCGCGCUGAAGGGUUUGGAUGGGCAGAAAAUUGAGGCGCUUCGGAUGCUUGUGAAGGACGAGGGGCUUCGGAGGGGCAAGGGUGACGCGCCCCGGAUAGCCCACGAGCCCGCCUUCAACCUCGCCCUCGCCACCCUCAAAGUCAAACUCACGGGCAUGGCCUCAGACCCAGGGCCCAAAAAGAAAUUCUACGACCCCAUGCACCCCUGGCGGACGUACGAUGCGAACGGGAGCGACUCAGAAUUCGACGACGAUGACUGGGAGGAGAGGGAUAUCGACUUCGCUGACAUCGACCUCGCGGAGUUUAGUGUGGAAAGACUGGUGGAUCUCAACGGCAAGCUCAUCAAGGACAAGUUCGAGGUGUACGAGGAGGAUUUGGACGAGUACAGCAUUCCGUCUAGCUUGCGGGAGGUUGUGCAGGAGGGCGAUUUUGUCAAGCAGGAAUACGGCGGCUGGCAGUGGGAUGAGCAGAAACCAGGCUGGCUCGAACGACAUUACGAGCGCACUGUCCUGUUAAUUUGGCCCGAGGCCUUCGACCUUGAUAAGACAGUCGAGGACGACAUCGACGACGCGCUGAAGGAACUCAACGCCUCAUCUUUGGAGCGUCCUGACGCCUCAGCAUCGCAGGCACUCCAACCCCAAACACCGAACCGACCGCACCCUCGCGAGCGCAACCGCAUAGACUUCCUCUUCAACGUCGCGCAAGAGGGCCCGCACCAUCGCCUGCGCGACGUCGCCCGGUGCUUGUUCGCGAUGGCGACGGGGCGGCGCGACUUAUCGAUGUGGCUUCGCGUCACUGAUGAGUGCGCGCCGAAUGCGGCAGGGGAGGCGAUGGACUAUGCUUUGGUCCGAGAUGCCGUUCGGGCGUUCGGGGUUGAGGCGCUGUACACGGCUUUCGAGACGAUGGUGCGGUCGCUGGAAACCAACGCCCCCCGCUUCAAUAUCCUGAAGUAUCUGCAUGAUGUAUCGAUGGAGGAGGAUCUCAGCGCCGAAAAACCACAGCUCUCAUGGGUAGCUGAGCAACGCCAAUGGGCUCUGGACCAUCUUGUGCCGCCUUCGCACGAGGACGUCCCGGUUCUCGCCGGCUUCGUGGGCGGACCCGAUGGGCUGAGGAUCUUGCAUCAUAGGCGACUCAAGCCUGUCGCUUCCGCUGACUUCAUGCGAUCUUUCGCUGUAGCAAUCUGGUCAGAGGCCGCCAAAAUCCCCGAUGAAGCAGCGAAAUUGGUACUCGCCUCCAUCAUCACCGACCUACUGAGUGUGGCCAUUUCCAAGGCCGACUUCCUCGAGCACAAGCAGCCUGAGCCCCCCAGACCUUUCGGCGUGAUAGCACCUCCGGAGCCCAACCUGCAAGCGCCGUGCGCCUUGAUAUGCGCAUGCGUGCAGACGGGGAACGAAAGUCUGGCCGAUGGCAUCGUCAAGCGUCUGUUAGACCUGUCCAAAGUAGAGCGCUGUCACCGGCAAGGCAUAGUCAAGAACUUCCUCCUUCCCCUCGUUUCGCUGGUGGGCGCCCAGUUGGACGGACAUCUGAUUCGAACAAAGCCGGUGCAGAGGCUGUAUCAGGCCACGGUGGACCUCUUUCUGUCCCACAUACCCGCGACACCGGGCCUGUCGAAGGCGGAUGUAGAGUCCCUCGUGAAGGCGGGCGCCUUUCAAGGGGGCGCGGCGUUCCUCGCGGACAUAGUGUGGCCGUCACUCUGCGCCCUUGAGGAUCGCGGAUCCAUCAUCCUCGACUUCGUGCAGGCAUUGCAUGAGCACAGAGACGGCAUCCCCGUCGCCGAUGGCGCGCCCACGAUAGAUGCGGUCAUAACCCUGGCUCUACAACGCAUCAUCGACAACUCGCGCUGCGAGCCCUACUCGCACACGCAGUACCCAGGGUACUAUGGCUACUCCAACGCAUCUCAGCGGAACCAGGACUUGACUCUCUACCUCUUCAAGCUCUGCAUCACGUAUGGCCAGAUACCCUUGUGCAGCUCCGUCUUUGCGCAGCUAUGCGAUAGGACCUUAAUCACGCCGGCCUAUAUACAGAACGUUCUCGUCCCCUUCCUCCCCCAGUUGCGACACUUCCUCGACCAGAACAAGCUGCCUGCGCACACGCCGCCAUUCAAUGCCGCCUUCACGGAGAUUGUCGCGUUAUGGGCCACGCACGUCCUGGGUCCUAGGCCUCCGGACCCGCCAGCGGAUAUGAUAGAGAAGAUGAGCAAGCCCUCGUGCCACUGCCAGUCCUGUGUCGACGUGUUCACGUUCCUUAACAAGAGCACGGACAGGGUCUGUCGGUUUGAGAGACUCGGAGCUCCCAAGCGCCAGCACCUCGAGCAAGGGCUGUCUGCGCUCGCUCGCGGCGCUGCGACGUGGCAGGUCAUAGGCGGUAGCUCGCAAGGCUUACUCGUCACAAAGACCGAUGCGGUGUACAAGCCCGUACGCUGGAAGGCCCUGCACGCCCAGGCCGGUGCUAUCCUGCGGUCGAUAUCUUCAAACGAGGCAGAGCUUCGACUCAUCUUUGGCCCGAGAUAUCAGGCGAUAGUGGACAUGCUGCACGGCAUGUUUUGUGAUACUCGUGGCCAAAUUCCUUCAGAGUCGACUCAGCCGUCGGCCGCGUCUGCAGGCGUAGCACCCCUUGCUAGCGCAUCGAACACGGCGCAGUCAGCGCCCAGUGCUUUGCCAGAAUCUCGCAAGCGCAAAGCAGAGCACCUCACUGGCGACGUGAUUGACCUGACGCACAUGGAAUGCUGA